AAGUAAGCCUUCUUGGGCUUAGUGGUUAUUCCGAGGCUUAGGCCCAAUAGAUUCAUUCACCAAAUCUCCCUUUCUUUUUUUCCUUCGCUGUUCUCCUCCGUAUGAGUUUUAUGACACACAUAUAAACAUAUUCCUCCAGCUCCUUCCUUCAUUUCACUUCUUUUCACGCUUAAAAGUCAAAACACAAACUAAAACCUGAAACCUUGAACCUGGUCCCUUCCUAAUGUCUCAAACUACAGCAACAAUGCGCGAGCGUGUUCCAGAUGACGUCGUAGAAGACAUCCUGGCUCACCUACCAGUGAAAUCCUUAACCCGAUUUCGGUGCGUUUCGAAAUCUUGGAACUCCAUUAUCACUGACACCACUUUCAUCUGCAAACACAUGAAGCUCAACCUCAACCAAUCCGAAUCAUCAAUACCCGCAAACACUUACAGUGGGUAUUUGCUAUAUACUACAGAGGAUAAGGAUGGUUCAUCAUCUUCCAAAGAAUUGUGUACGGUUGCUUGCAACAACGACCGCACACUGACCCAGGUUUUUAGGUUUGAAAUCCCCUCUUUUUUUGACAAGUACAUGAUUGUUGGUUUCUGCAAUGGCUUGUUCUGCCUAGCUAGUCGUGAGAAAGAACUUUGUCACGUUAUUUAUUUGUGGAACCCAAGUAUUAGAAUGUUGAAGAAACUUGUAGCUACUCGCUUUAAUCGCAAGUAUAAUGAAACAGCCGCUUUUGGAUUUGCUUAUGAUUCUCUGAACAACGACUUCAAGAUUCUGAGAAUUGUGUCUGAUGCGUUGUUCAAUGAAUCAGAAGCUGAAGCAGAGAUUUACACGUUAAGUUCGGAUUCGUGGAGGAAGGUUGUAAUAUCAAAGGUGACUGAACCCAAACUUGGGAUUAUUUGUUGUGUUUGGGGUCCCUUUACUUUUUACAAUGGAGCUCUGCAUGCUAUAGCAUUUACCAUCGGCUAUUUAUUCUUUUUGUCCUUUGACAUUAGCGAUGAGAGCUUCCAUGAGAUAAUGAUGCCUCGUAAUCACUUAGAUGGCCUGACUAAUUAUUUCACUGAACUUGAAGUGUACAAGGGAUUGCUGGCUGAUUUCGUUUUUACUUAUGAUCUUGGCAAUGAGCGUAAUGGGAGUGUCUUAUGCCAAGUAUGGGUUAUGGAGGAGUAUGGUGUGCCCGAGUCUUGGACUAGAAAAUUUGUGAUACCAAUAGAAUGGAUUAGGAUACGUCAUUUCUUUGGCUGCACUAACAAUGGUGAACUUCUCAUUAAGAAUGCCACUGGGCUGGUUUCAAUUGACCCUGAGAGUCAAAAUCAGAACAUUCUUGCAAUUGAAGAUGCUAAUUGGGUUGCUUUCUCAGCUAAUUCAAUGGAGAGCUUGGUUUUACUUGAUGGGGGAGGAUUGUUUAGCUGUUUGUGUCUGUGUUUGGUGAAAGUAAUUGUGGGUAACAAUGUGUAUUGAGGUUUGGGAAAAUUUUAAUUGAGUACUGUCUACUUUAUUUUGUAUAGAUUUUGUUAUUAUUGCUGAGAAUAUCCAGCAAUUCUGUGCACAUUGUAGGUGUUAUCAAUGUUACAAUUAGCAACAAGCUGUAUUUAAGAGUAUACCAUUGUAGUGAGCAACUCGGAAAUGUGCUCAAAAUGGGGAUUUCAGAUAGCUAAGCAAUUUUGUUCUUUAGUACUUUCGCCAUUUACCAUUCAAAAACCCAUUAGCCUAAUUGCGUCUGCAUAGUAAUGUUUAGUUUCAUAGCUAAACAUGGAUUAUAAGAGAUCUAAUGGUUGAAAAAUACACCACUAUCCAUGUCAUCACUAAAAAUUUGUUAAUGGCCAACUGACCUAUUUAAUGGCACCUUAUUUUUCUCAUCUUCAUUCAUUACUCAAAAU